UUCGGACGUGUUUCUAAAUUAUCCAACGCCAACAUAAAAAAAAUUGACAUGAACCCGGCCGAUCAAACCCCACGUUCGUCCGAAGUAGUAAAAAAUCGAUCUCAAACGGACGUUCCGAAAAAAUUAUCUCAAAUGGAAGUGCAACAGUCAAGUCCGGAAACGACAGUACCUGAUUUGCAGAUCUCGGAAUCGCCACUCAUUAUAACUGCAACCGACCUACCACGAAAUAAAUCUAUGGAUAAAUUAGAAGACGUGGGUGAAAAAAGUAUCCCAGAACUUCCCGAGGGUACGGCGUUCUAUCCAGCUCCAACCACUCCAGUAUCUAAACAAAACAUUAGUUCUUCCGACCGCGAUUUCACACGGUCCGCCACAUCUUUGCGAAUUCAAUCGUUGGCACGACCAAAAGUGCAUUGUCUCGAGGACAAUAUUAAACAAUUCGGCGAACUAUUGCCGAAGCGUAGUUUGACUAACCUACAACUGCAGCUCCGAGACCAACAAGCCCGAAGUGUUACGCCAAAAGACGGACAUGCGAAAAAGUGCCAAACUAAAUCAGAGCCAACACCCACGGGGCUUCGAACCCAACCGAGCCAAACCAAAUCAGAUGAAAAUCCACGUAAAUUUAAAGACGACUUCAAGCGUGCAGCUUUCGAUCGUCUUGCAGACACCAUUUUUCGGAAGCUCCCGGCACUCACACUUGAUGUGGAUAUUACCAAUUUAUCCCAAUUGGAUCCCUCGAAACAGCGUAUGAUUAACGUACUCUUCACCAGCAUCACCAGCUAUGCUGGAAUGCCGGUCACAGUGCAUGAUCAUGAGCUUUACGUUCAUCUCAGUGUUGGGUUGGCAGGUUUUUUCGAGAGCGUCAUUGAAACGGUGCGCAAAGGAAAGGAGAUCGAGGACGAGCAAAGACGAGUUCUUACAAAGACAAAUCAGCAGAAUAGACAUACGAUGACUACCAAAAUCCUGAGUGAUCUUGCUGUAGACAUGGGAGGUAUUCAAACUUCAAGAGAAAUCUUGAAGACCAUGUUUUAUUAUGAUAACAUUUAAUAAUAAAUAAUACAGGUCGGACUCGAUUAUCCGGA